AUGGCAUUAUCACUAUUCACUGAGGAACUUACAAAAAUUUGUUCUUUAAUUCUAAGUGAUGUUCAAUCCUGUUUGACGAAGGUGAAAGAAUCGACACAGAUAGACAAUCAAGAGGAAAAAAUCGAUGAUAAAUCAACAUUCGCUGAGCCAACCGAUUGUGAAGAACUAUGUAUAUUUCCUCCAUCGGAAGAGGUAAAAACUUUAUUGACUGAUAUUACGAGCCAAAUUCAAAUCAAUAUUAAACAAUUACGUCACUUACCUAAUUAUGACGAGACGACAUAUAACUACUUCCUUGACUUUUUGUAUGAUUUCCAUUUUGAUGGUGACAGUUUCAUUGAAGUACUUUCCAGUGACAAUCUCUUGAUAUUUGCGCAUAACUUGGCUAUCUUCAUAGACUCUAUUCAAGCAUGUCGAGAAUGUCAAAGUGGAAAUCUUAGCAUUGCUAAAGAGUUUCUUUCUAAAAACCCAUCCCAUAAAGAUCAACCUCUGUUGAAUGGAUACACACUAUUAUAUGUAGCAGCUGCGAAUAAUCAUUUAGAAAUUAUGAAGUAUUUAAUUGAAGAAGCAAAAUGCUCUGUAAAUGCUCAGAAUCAAAACGAUUCAUCGGCAAAUAUGGAUACUCCUCUGCAUAUAGCUUGUAGCAGUGGGCAUGCAGAUAUUGUUCGUUAUCUUCUUCAUAAAGGUGCUAACUGUUAUGUGCAAAAUAAAAAGGAAGAAACGCCCACUAUGAUUGCCAAGCACAAUCCGGCUCUUUUCGAUAUUUUUCGCAAUCAUUUCGUCCUCCACUACUUGUCACAAGGAUCUCGGAGUUGUGAUUUACCAACGAUGACUAUUGACGACGAGAUAUCAAAAUUGAAAUAUGAUACAAGUCUACUUGAGUACAACUGUACUUGGGAAUUCAAGCCAUUACAUCAACUAGAUUGGCAAAAAUUUGCAGAAAAGGAAUCUAAAAUACUGUGUAAAACGUUGAGAGAGACGUCAGAUUUGGAUAUUUUUCUCAAUGUCGAAGAUCAAAUGUAUACAGUAUCGAUGAGAAGAUUUCUCAAAUCAGGUAAUAGUACACAGGUAAAUGAAAAUCAAGCAUGGAUUCGAUGUCGCGGAUCGAGUGUAUAUAAUUUCGAUAUUGUAUCCAUAUGGCAAAUUAUGUUUACACAACAUGGUUGUGUUGUUGAUAAAGAAAAAGAAUCUCCACAAUUGAAGAGCAUAGACAUUCCAACUAUUUUCAAUUCUGAUCAAUUUGAUUAUCGCCUCAAUUCAUGGUAUAAUGCCGAAGAGUUUCUCAACGCAGCAAUUGAAGAAGCAAUGAAUCAACAUCUCCGGUAUCUCACCAUUCGUACUCAGCUUCUUGGAUUAAUCACUUUCAAUCUAGAAUCAUUUUCUUUCCAAGAUGUAAACCGAAAAAUAGCUGGAUAUAUACGAUGGUUACCAAGAUUUGUUAGUGUCGAUCGAACAAUGAAACGAAUUAUGCCUAUCGACAAUUUUCAAGACAUUUCUCGACAGGAUCAACCACCAGAACCGUUGAGAAAAUCACUUUUGUGCACGCUUGCAACAGCUGAUAGCCAAGAAAAUGAAGAGAUCAGUUUGUCUGAUGAGAAAGAUGAAUCGGUUGCAACUGAGGAUGUUAGACUUUAUGUGAACAAUGAUAAAAUCGAUAAUAAUACUAAUGAUAAAGAUGAGAGAAGCUCAGAAAAUCCGACAUCGGUAUUGAAGGAAGAACAUGAAACAAUAUCAAUGGAUGACGAGGAUGCAGAGUUGAUCAAUAAUGAUAAUACAGAGAAUGAUCAUGCUGCCAAAAAAGAAGAAAUUCGAACAAAUAUUAAAAAGAAGCGAGAAGGUCUUGAUAGAUUAAAUGCUAUCAUGAAACAAUAUCAACAGACAGUUGAAGAAGAACAUCGAAAACUAGAGGAUAUCGAAAAAAAGAAAAUGCAACCUUCAAAACAAAAUGAGCUACUUAACAUAAUAUGUGAUACAUCUGGAAAUUCACUAUUGUCUGACGAAUUCACAUUGUUGCAGAAGAAUCAUGAAGAACAAGAAGAAGUAUUGAAAAUGAAAUUAAAAGAGUUGGAUGAUAUUUAA